AUGGAAACCGUUAUUGGAAUAAAGUUCAAUGAUUUCGUGCUCAUCGCCACCGACAUGACGGCUGCCCACAGUAUUAUGGUCAUGAAAGAUGAUGAAGACAAAACGUACAACAUCACCAACAAUGUAGUGAUGGGUGUCACAGGUGAAGCAGGUGAUGUACCUAGAUUUGCAGAGUACAUCACUCAAAACGUCAAACUUUACCGCAUGCGUAAUGGAUAUGAUUUGUCCAUUCCGGCGAUUGCGACUUUCACUCGUAAAACUGUUGCUGAACACCUUAGAAGCCAAAGUCCUUAUCAAGUAAACUUCAUGCUCGGAGGAUAUAAUCCAACUGAGAAAAAAUCACAUUUAUACUUCAUUGAUUAUUUGGGAGCUCAGGUUGAUGUUCCUUAUGGUGCUCAUGGAUAUGGUGGUAUGAUGACAAUCACAGUUAUGGACCGUUACUACAAACCAGAUGCAAAUUAUCAAGAAGCAUACGAUCUCCUAAAAAAAUGCAUAUUAGAAGUACAAAAACGAUGUAUCAUCAACAUGCCCAAAUUUAAAGUUAAAAUAUCUUGUGCUGGAGGUGUACAAGAAUUGCCAAUAAUUACCAAGGAUAAUAUUGAACAGAAAAUCAUUGUUAAUGUAAAAGAGUAA